AUGGCAAGCUCAACAACUGCGGAGAAAAAGUCCCGCUACAGUGAUAUCGUUGAUGAACCUGUGCAUAAUCUUCUCGCACCCAUAAAAGGUUACCAAGAUAAACCACUCGUUUCACUUUCAGACGCGAUUGAUCCAGUUGCUGGUUUCUUCAAUGAAAUCGAAGACAAUGCUUUAGUUGCUUUACAUAAUUGUCAAAAUCCAGCUGAUGGUCUGACUCAACAAGAAUCAGCUUCCAUACAUCUUUACACAAUGGAGUUCGAUGGUGGACCAAGUUUAUAUCGGUUAUUCACGGCAAAUGCGAGUGUGGCGUGGUAUCCGUGA